CACAGACUACAAACGGAUAUAUAUAUCUGACUUUACUCAGUCUUCAACCUUCCUUCUUCUCUAUCCAUCACCAAUAUUCUCCGGACAUUCAACCUUCUUUCUUCUCUAUCCAUCACCAAUAUCCUCCAGCCCUUCAACCUCCAUCCUUCUUCUCUAUUCAUCAUCCUCGACGUCCUCGAUAUUUAACAUCACUCCUACCUUACCAACACACAAACAUCCACUACAACCUCACAAAUCUCACAAUCACAACCCCCAAACAAACAAAACAAUGGCUCUCGUCCACCCAACCCACCCCCUCACCACAACCUCAUCCCCAGACCCCUACGCCCUCCCCCCCUCUUUCCCCUCCUCCAUCUCCUCACCCCUAGCCUGGACCGGCGCAGACCUCGCAGACGAGAGUUACAUCUACCACCUCACCCCCUCCGACCUCUCCGAGAUCAAAGAUGCAUUAGCAGUAUUCAAAUCACACAAUCUCAACGGCGACCUCGCCACCCCCACGACCUUCCCCCUCCCUACCCUCGGCCCAAAACUCCGCCUACUCUCACACGAACUAUACAAUGGGAGGGGGGUUUGCUUGAUCCGCGGGCUGACGCCGGAGAUGUAUGAGCCGGAGGAGGGGAUGGUGGUGUUUAUGGGGGUGCAGAGUUAUAUGGCGGGGGGGAAGGGGAGGCAGGAUGGGAGGGGGAAUAUGAUUGUUCAUAUUACCCCGUCGGAAUAUGAUGCGAAGCAUUCGAGGCAUUCGAUGGAUAGUUUGCCCUUCCACACCGAAGCCACUGGCGACAUCCUAGCCUGGCAAACCCGCGCCGCCGCCGCCGAGGGCGGGAAGUGUAUCGUCUCCUCCGCAUACACAGCGUACAACCUCCUCGCCGCCACCUGUCCCGAGGUUAUCCACACCUUAGCAAAGCCAGAUUGGCCGUUUGCAUACCCAACCCUCCACUACCGCCCCAUCCUCUACCACACCUCCCCCAACCUCCUCAUCAACUUCUCCCCCUCCGCCCUCCUCUCCACCCCCUCGCACCCCCGCCCCUCCCACCUCCCUUCCCUCACCCCCUCCCAACUCUCCGCCCUCUCCGCUCUUCAAGCCGUCGCCCGUGCUACCGAAUUACACAUCACCACCAAGGCAGGGGACUUGCAUUUCGUGAAUAACCUCGCGAUUAUGCAUCGGCGAUCUGCGUUCUCUGCUCCUAACACCAAGGGAGUGGGUAAAGUGGAUGGGGAGAUGGAGGAGCCAAAACGUCAUCUGGUGCGCAUGCGUCUUCGUUGCCCGGAACGGGGGUGGAAGAUACCAAGAGAGUUGGCGCCGGCGUGGGAGGAGGCGUUUGGGGAGGAGGGGGAGAGGGAGUGGCAUCUUUUUCCGAUGCCGGAGGGGUAUUUUCCGUUGAGGAAGUAUCCUGAGUAAGGUGCGGCGCUCCUUGCUCUCUCACCGGGGUCCUGUGGACUGUGAGUGGGAUGGGGGAUUGGAUAUGAGUUUCCGAGUUUCGAUUCUUAGGUGGAUGGGGUGGUGUCGUUUGAGGCUGGACACGGUACCUCACGGCUCUGACCCCCUUUUUUUAAUCUUCUCGGUAGCCCUGGAGGCAGGGUGUUCUUGGGGUUUUCUUCAUUUUUUGCGAGGAUUUUUGAUACCAAUCCCGGCGUGGAUACUCCCUUUAUUUUCUACCUUUUCUUUCCUGGCUAGGUUCGGUUCGCAUCUCGGGAUAACGGGGGGGGGGAGACAGUGGUUGUACGAUGAACGAGGCAGCGCCUCGGAAAACGCCUUGCGAUGACUUUCUUGAUUUUUUUUUUGCCCCGAGGGGCGGAGCGAAAAGGGGCGAGAAUGUCUGAAGUACAAGGCUUUCGGGUGGCGAAUAUGGAUCGGUUGCCUUGGGAUCAGUGUGCGCGGCGAUGGAUUUUACAUAGCAUGGAUUUUCUUAAUGAUAAUUGAAUUUCACAGACG